UCCACAGCUCUAAACUACUUAAAAGGACGCAGCUCUACAAGUUAGCCAUUAAGUUUGUUCAAGAGUGAACAGAAACAAAACCUUACUCCCCUUUAUCAUCAGACUUAUAUUCAGGAUGAUGUUGCCUGACAGUCGCCUUCGUCUCAGCCACAAUGUCACACUCAGGCUUCUUACUGCAUCCUCUCCGAGACCAUCAGACAGUUCGCAUACCUGCAAAGUUACCCAGGAACCAUGUUGCCAAGAUACGACCCAGCUCAUGAAUUGCCAGCAGCCCUCCAUCCAAAAUCUCCCCCGAGUAGACACCCCUGGCAUCGCCCCUCUGCUCAUGAGAAUCCCUGCAAAGAAGCCACAGGCCUCCUCUGUGGAGAGCAGUGAUGAUUCCGAGGAGAGUGACUCUGAUGAUAGUGAUGAGUCGGAGGAUGCCAAGUCAGACACCAUGGUUAUAGAACCUACAGAAGUCCAAGAGCAGUCUGACUGGGACAUGUCUCCAGCCAACUCUCCUUGCACGACCACUCCCGUGCAUGUCUUGACGUCAAGGGCAUCCACCCCACCUGUAUGUCUAGAUGACGAAAUGCUUGCUGUGUCUAUGUAGAAGGUUCAGAAAGGGCAGUCUCAAAGACAAUUGUAAUGAAGACUCUGGGUCUUGGGAGGAGCUGACUGUGUAGCUACUAAUAGGAUGUGUCGAGUCAUUGAAUUGGAUAUAUCGUUUCGAACAAAUCUGCAUGGUCACAUCUGUUUGAAAGGCGAUGUAUGUGCAUAUCUUGCAGCUGCCUGAACUCUGUUCUUCCCUGUCUAAGACUUAAUUACAAAUGGUUGCUUGAUCUUGAUCCAUCCUU